CGGGGAGCGAAUCAGUUCUUCCUUGUAUGCUGAACUGGAAGCGUUGACAGAACAAUGAACAGAGCAUUAAGGACUGUAUUCUGAAACACUUCUACGCCCUGCCUUUACUACAUUCUAAAGGCUUCAUUGAAGUUACACGAGUUUUUUUUUUUAAGGAUGUUUUAUGGUUAUAGUGGCAUAUUAGCAAAAUUUUUUGCACUAUUAACAGGAGAAACAUUCUUGAGAACCAGCUAAUCGUCUCUCUGGCCUUUGAAAAUAGUCAUGGUGAAAGAGCAAAGCGUUUAAAAAUACAGGCCUAAAUCCUCUCCUUUGACAGUUACACAACAGAUACCACUGCGUUCCAUAAUACGUAGUUCCGUCUGACCCAAGGAUAAGUUUGGUCCGGAGUAAGCCAAUCCCUCCGUGUGUCGCGUCGCCUCGGAACCUUAGCGAGCCAAACACUCGCUGCCAUCCCCAAGCUGUCACACUCCCACGUCUCGGUUCACUCCGCCACUCCCCCAGGUGCCACGGCAGCAUCCCCUACUGACUAGUGAUGGGCAAUGCAGACACCAAGUUGCACUUCAGGAAGGCGGUAGUGCAGCUGACGACCAAGACACAGCCCAUCGAUGCAGGAGAUGACCACUUCUGGGAGCAGUUCUGGGGGGAACAUGUCCAAUCUGUGCAGGAUGUCUUUGCCCUCAUCCCUGCUGCUGAGAUACGCUCGCUGCGGGAGGAGGCGCCGUCUAACCUGGCCACACUAUGCUACAAGGCUGUGGAGCGGCUGGUGAGGGCGGCUGACACUGGGUGCUCCACACAGCCUGAACAGCAAGUGGUGCUGAAUUGUGUGAGGAUCCUGACGCGGGUGCUUCCCUACAUCUUUGAGGACCCAGACUGGCGGGGUUUCUUCUGGUCCAGCCUGCCAGCAAGUGGAGACGAGGGGGAGUCCGUGCCCCUCGCCCACAGCCUCAUCCACGCCCUCUGUGACCUGCUCUUCUGUCCAGACUUCACUGUCACCCCCAACAAGAAGACAGGACCUGACAAACAUGAGGACCUGCAGAGUAUUGACAGCUGUGAAUACAUCUGGGAGGCGGGUGUGGGAUUUGCUUCCUCCCCCCCACACCUGCCGGCCCAUGAUACCAACCGUACCGAAAUCCUGAAGCUGAUCCUCACCUGCUUCAGCCAGACCAUCUACCAGCCCUCCUCAGAAAUGAGUGAGGUGCCCAACAGGUGGAUUGCAGCCUUCACGUGGGCUGACAACCGCCACGCACUGCCUCUCUUCACCUCGCUGCUCAACACAGUGUGCGGCUACAACCCCACGGGCCUUGGGGUUCCCUACAACCACCUCCUCUUCUCAGACUACCGCGAGCCCCUGGUAGAGGUGGCCCUUCAGAUCCUCAUCACCACCCUGGACCAUGACAUCACCUCCACCUCGCCCCCAAACCAGGAGGAGCCCACCAUGCCCAGCAACCUCUUCAUCAACUACCUGAGUCGCAUUCACCGAGAGGAAGAUUUCUCCUUCGUGUUGCGUGGCUUCACUCGCCUCCUCAACAACCCGCUGCAGCAGACCUACCUCCCCCACUCCACCAAGAAGGUCAACUUCCACCAGGAGCUGCUUGUCUUCUUCUGGAAGUUCUGCGACUACAACAAGAAGUUCCUGUUUUAUGUCCUAAAGAGCAGUGACGUGCUGGACAUCCUGGUGCCCAUCCUGUACCACCUCAACGAUGCCCGGGCUGACCAGUCUCGGGUUGGCCUGAUGCACAUUGGUGUGUUCAUCUUGCUGCUGCUGAGUGGGGAGAGGAACUUUGGCGUGAGACUCAACAAGCCGUACACCGCCUCAGUGCCUAUGGACAUCCCAGUGUUUACAGGCACCCACGCAGACCUGAUGAUCAUUGUGUUCCAUAAGAUCAUCACCACAGGGCACCAGCGCCUGCAGCCUCUCUUCGACUGCCUCCUCACCAUCCUCGUCAAUGUGUCGCCGUACAUCAAGACUAUGUCCAUGGUGGCAGCCAACAAGCUGCUGCACCUGCUGGAGGCAUUCUCCACCCCCUGGUUCCUGUUUUCUGCCCCGCACCACCACCACCUCGUCUUCUUCCUCCUCGAGACAUUUAACAACAUCAUCCAGUACCAGUUUGAUGGAAACAGCAACCUGGUGUACACAAUCAUCAGGAAGCGUCAGGUGUUCCACUCCCUGGCCAACCUCCCCACUGACUGCUCCACCAUCAACAAGUCCCUCACUCGCCGGGGGAAGCGCACUCUCACCCGCCACCCCUCCACUGAGUCCACCCGCGGCCCCCCCACCAUGGAGGGCGCCCUGCCUGCCCAGCCCGCCCAGCCUGGCACCCAGACCGCCACUCUCGCUGCCAUGCCAGGUCUGGAGAAGAUGACAGAGAAGGAGUCAGCUCAUCCCACCACACAGCAGCUCCACAACCUCACCUCUGUCACCACUAAUGGGGAUCUGGUGGGCCCUCUCUCUCCCCAAGUACCCCCAACCCCCACCACCCCAGAGGACGGCCCCCCACUCCCCAUCGGCACCAGCAUCCAGCCCCCUGCCCUCCACCACUCCCUCCCUGCCAUCCAAGACCUCAAGCUGACUGACAAGGAAGAGGAGGAGGAGGAGGAGGAGGAGGAGGAAGAAGAGGAGGAGAGAGUAUGCUUGGAUGGAGACACAGAGGACAGUCUUCUCCUGUCAGACCUGCAGCCUCCACCCUCCACCCACACCUCCUCCGUCAUGCCUGGGCGUGGAGACAGCCCUACCCCGUCCCUCAACUCUGGGGUGUCUGAUUCCUCUGGCCCCAGCAUGAGCCACGUGCCCACCUCCUCCCCCGGCCCUCAGCCCUGGACACCCACCACAGCCUGGGUACUGAGCUGGAAGGCUAAGCUGCCCCUCCAGACCAUCAUGAGGCUCCUGCAGGUGCUGGUGCCACAGGUGGAGAAGAUCUGUAUUGACAAGGGUCUGACCGAUGAGAGUGAGAUCCUGAGGUUCCUGCAGCAUGGCACCCUGGUGGGCCUGCUGCCGGUGCCACACCCCAUCCUGAUUCGCAAGUACCAGGCCAACUCUGGCACAGCCACCUGGUUCAGGACCUACAUGUGGGGCAUCAUCUAUCUUAGAAAUGUUGAUCCUCCCAUCUGGUAUGAUACAGACGUCAAGUUGUUCGAGAUCCAACGUGUGUGAGGCACUGGCCAAUGUGUGUGUUUGUGUGUGUGUGUGUGUGUGUAUGUGUGUGUGUGUGUGUGUGUGUGUGUGUGUGUGUGUGUGUGUGUGUGUGUGUGUGUGUGUGUGUGUGUGUGUGUGUGUCUCGCCAGCCAUCAAGAGUGUGUGAGUGUGUGUGUGUGUCUCACCAGCCAUCAAGAGUGCAACUCAUAAUGUGUGAGUCUUGAAAACCAUAUAUGGAGAAUGCAGUGUGUGUGUGUGUGUGUGUGUGUGUGUGUGUGUGUGUGUGUGUGUGUGUGUGUGUGUGUGUGUGUGUGUGUGUGUGUUUUUCUUAUCUAGGUCAUGUCUCUCUUCUUUGCUUGUAUUAAUGAAGUGUUGUUUUCUAGUUUGUGUUGGUGAGGCCUUCUUGUGUCUUCCUUUAUGUAUACUGAUGAGGUUAUUUCUUCCUUUCUUUGUAUCAUUAAGGGCAGCUUGUCAUUCCCUCUGAUUUGACAAGAUAACAUUUGCUCUUCGUUUGUCUGCAUUGAUCAUUUUUGCAUGUUGUUGUCGUGGAUUGGUGAGGUUAUCUUGUCUCUUCCUCUUCUGUGUUAGUUGGUCACCUUGCCUCUGGUGGACACCCUGCAUGAGUGUCACAAGACCUUACUGUGGCACUAAGGUCGUCAGUCAGUUAAUCUGCUUCCUGCCAUGAAUCAGUUAAGGCAAAAUGGCAAGCUAGUCUGUUGUGGUGUCUGUCUUCUUGGGGCAAGGAAUAUUCUUAUUUUACUUGUAGAAUUCCAUAUAGUGUUCAGUAUAGAAGUUGAUGAGGUCAGAUUUGGAAAAAUCAGUAAACCAAAUGGUGUUGGCCCUGAUGUGAUGUGUUCUAGAGGGUGAGGGUUGCUUCUCUCCACCACAGAGGUUAUGAUGGGAGGGAAUCCUGGUGAAUGUAUGUGCGUAGAUGCUUUGCCUUGGUUACUCCCGUCUGUGUGGUAUGCAGGCCUGGUGUAUGGAGUGUGUGUGUGUGUGUGUGUGUGUGUGUGUGUGUGUGUGUGUGUGUGUGUGUGUGUGUGUGUGUGUGUGUGUGUGUGUUGCAUCAGGGCCUGCUGUGUUCUGUUUGCCUCUGUGGUGGUAAUUAUUGCAAGUACUUAUGUACUGUGAACUUCUUAAUGAUUUAUAUGCUUUCCAAUGUUUUGAUCUCUUCUGAAGUAUUUUCAUUAAUCUUAGUUCCCUUAAAGUUAAUGUAGUGCUGUAUGCUAUUUUUAUGUAUAUAUAUUUAAGCCUAAACAUUCCAGAUAGACAAAUGAGUGAGGUCAGAGUGACAACAUGAGAACAGAACCAACAUUCUGGUCACACCUGACCCUGAACCUUGAACAGCUGCACAGCAUUGUGUGCUGCUGUAACUACCAACACUCACUCAGUGCAAUACAACCAUGUUAUGUUAUUAACAGUUGUGCUGGCAGUGGCAACAACUGUCCACUCCUUUAACUGAAGCCCAGCUGUUGUAUUUUAAUGUAGUAUUGUGUGUGUGUGUAUAUAUAUAUAUAUAUAUAUAUAUAUAUAUAUAUAUAUAUAUAUAUAUAUAUAUAUAUAUAUAUAUAUAUAUAUAUAUAUAUAUAUAUAUAUAUAUAUAUAUAUAUAUAUAUAUAUAUUGUAGUGUUCGUUUUAUGAUUUUAUCUAUUUAUUUAAUUUUUAGGUGAAGAAUGAUUCUCUCUUAGAGAGACCUUAAAAGGCCUAAAUAGUAAGGUGUGAGAGAAUGCUUGUGAAUGUGAAUCUACAUAUGUAGAAACCUUGUAGUGGCUGGCCUCCUUUAGGAUAAAUUUUGGUUUGGUAAAUAUAUAAACUGUUAUUUAAUUUAAUUUUAAAAUUUUAGAAUUGGUGGAUAAUUGGUGAUGCAAUGCUUCCUGAAAGCUGUAUGGGUGUGGUGAGGUGAUCUGUGGAGAUGAGCAUAGAGAGGAGUGUGAAGAAUUGUGAGUACUUGUAAGGAUGUUAGAAGUGUGAGUCUUAGCAAUUUUGAUUAACUAGAAGCUGUUCCUAGUUAGUGGCAACUAUUGGGGUGAUUUAGAUGGUGACUGCUGAAGUGAGAAAUUAAUUGAAAAACAACUGCAGAUAACUGUGUGUGUGUGUGUGUGUGUGUGUGUGUGUGUGUGUGUGUGUGUGUGUGUGUGUGUGUGUGAACAUCUACAUCACAGGUGACACAUUCCAGAUAACAUUCUCUAAUCUAAUACCAUUGAUAGUUUUUAGCAAAACUAGCAGUUAAGGGACAUAUUGUGUUCAUGUGAAGAUGGAGGGCACGGAAUGAGUUGGUCAGUUGUUGCCUCUCACAUCAGUCUUAGUUAUUGGGAGUCAGGGUUCCCAGAUGCAUGGUGGCUCUCAGCACUUGGUGGCCCUGAGCACGUAGUGGCUCUGAGUCAUCAUGUACUCUUAGUUUUGAAAGAGGCUCCUCCAUCUGACCUGGCACUCCUUAUGUUUGGUGCAUCCUGCUUGCCACAAGAGAAACCCACAGCAAAGCACCCCACAGCCUCCCCAGCUGCCAGCCAACACUGCACACCAGACCCAGCCAAGCUAUUUUUAUGGUGGAGGAGUUUGUUUAGAAAAUUGCUCCAUCUGUAAUGAAACAAAAAACUAUUGAGACAAAUGGUAAUACAUUUCCUCUACAAAAUGGUCCCUCCAUAAAAGAAUAAUUGAUAUACAGUAUGUCUACAUUUUUUGUGUUGACACAAUGCAGGAAGAGGCAGAGGUGGUGUGCAUCAAGAGCCUUGAGUUAUAGUGCUCUGUGGCACCAUCCUGGCUGUCACCCUCUCACUCACACUCUUCCCUGUGAUACCAGUGGCCUGGCAGAGUCCAGCCAGUCACAGUGUGAAGCGCACUUAUAAAGUAUUAUUUGAAUCUCUGUAUGAUGGAGUCCUUAAGUGUAGGCCUUGUCAGUGCCUCCUGCAGUGCCCCCAACGAGAGCUUUAUAUACUUGUACACAAAGUAAGGUUUGCACAUUUCAUUUUGAUGCUGUGCAUUUUCAUCACCUGUUUGUUCAUUUGUGCACUUCAAAAACAUAUCUUCAGUGUGGCUGACAUUCAGGGUACUUUUUUAUGUUAUACAUUUAGCAGUUUUGAAAAAAAUAUGAAGAGUUUGUUGAUAACUGAAGACAGGGUUUUGUCCUGCCUGUUGAGGUGCAGCCUGUGAUUGCACCAGGACUUGUGACACAAUGUGGUGGAGUCACUGAGAUCAGGAUGUUUCCUGUGAUUUGAUGUAGCUGAGUGACGUGCAAUGUUGGUGCAUGGCAUGGAGAGCACAGGUUUUGGUGCUGUCACAUGACAUGCAAUUUGUUUGGUGCAAUAGGGUCAAGUUCUUAGUCUUAAAUGCAGUGAGGUGACAUUUGUAGUUUUAUUUAUUUAUUUAUUUUUUUCCAGUAUAGUGAAUGGCACUGUGCUUGGUGCCAGCAUUACUUCAUGCCAGGACAUAAUUUGUGCCAUGUCCAGCAUCACACAGGAACUGUUUCCUUUGUAGAGUUGUCAUUCAUUUACAUCACAAUCCUUAACACAGAUUUGGCCACAAAAUCAUUAAAGGAAAUUAUCUUUUGGUGAUAAAUUUGCCAAGACAGCAGCACAGUGGUGUGCCAGACCUGUAUUGAAGGAACAUACUAAAAAGGAAUAGCAGCUUCAUGAGGGAAAUAUUUCUUGUAUAGUACCAGUUUAGUGACUUAGAGAAUUCAUGGCUCCUCAGUGACUGUAAUAUGAACAGGUGUUCAUGUAUGCAUCUCAUCAUGUGUGGUGGAAUCCUGGGUGGUGGUGGUGGUGGUGGAGAUGAAGACAGAGGUGUGUGUGGUGAGAUGUUAAGAUCCUCUAACAUUUACACUCCAAUCUAUAAUAUGUACCGGUGGUCUUAGAGCCAUUGAGCCUCACCCACUUUCCUGCAAACAUUAUUUUAUCCUGUGUCAGAUGACCACUGACUUGUCAAGUUGAUCUGAACGCAUUUUGUACGGGAAGAGUUAUGAGGAAGCAAUGGAGGCUGACCACAAGGAAUUCUUGAAGUUUUGUGCUAAAUUCUUACCAUUGCAAUAGUGGCACACAGAAUACUUGGGAGUAAUUACAGCUGCUCUUGAAUUGUGUGGCUUCCUCUGCAGCCUCCUCACAUCAACUCUUCCUCAGUAACUGUCCUCAUGUGUGUGUGUGUGUGUGUGUGUGUGUGUGUGUGUGUGUGUGUGUGUGUGUGUGUGUGUGUGUGUGUGUGUGUGUGUGUGUGUGACUCCUGCCAGACCAGCACCACCACUCCCUCCCACACACCAGACAGACUGGGAGGGCCACUGCUGGCACUGGUUAGGUCAGCAGGCAGGCUGGACUGAGGGCAUCCCUCUGUUUUGGAUUUGUGACAACAACUUGAGUUCUCCGAGGCACAUGUCCUGUACUAUUACUAAUGUCACUCUUAUGAUUUUAGAUUUUAGGAUAAACAUCUUGUAAGGAUUAAGUAUUGAUGUGUAUCAUAUCACUGCUCUGGAAUCAUAUUUAUAUCCCCCAAAUAUAUGCUGUUAUUAUAUCUUAUAUAUCCUCCCAUAUAUCUAUAAUGUUCAAAGUCAAAGUAAGAAACUUUAUUGCUGUGAAGAAUUAUUGUACAAUUAUUACAGAAUAUAUUGUUUAUCUGGCAGCAAGGCACAGCCUUCCAGAAUGCUGUGAGUUAUUGAUGUAACUGAUGAGAAAGGUCCAGCACUUGUACUGUGGGAAAACGCCACCUUGUAUUCAUAUCAGAGUAAUGUAUACUGUGACAGUAGCAGAUAUACAAGUAGGUACGUACAUGUAUAUUGACUUGGUAAUAAAAGUAAUGAGCAUUUUCA